AUGCUAUUGACUGUGGAAGGAGGAGGAUUCUUUUCUUCUUCUGCAUCAGGGUAUACCAGUGGUCUUGCCCUUCUACUUUUUGGCCGGAGAAAUGAUGAGCAGCCCAUGAAAGUUUCACCAUGGACUAACUACCAGUUAGUGGAGCAAGGACUUGAGUCAGAAUCUCAGCUGGCUUCUAGGAAAAAGCAAAAUUCUCAAGGAUGCACUUCCUUCAUAUGUUUCAGUUGUGCUCAAGACAGACAAUUUCCUCACAAACUUGAUCUAGCUAACCAGUCUGAAACUUCAUCAGAUUCAUCAUCUUCUGAUGCGAACAAGGUAACAAUCAGUGGUGCUGCUACUGUGAGUGAAAGGAAGCCUUGUCUCAAGAGUAAUAUAAAGAAGCCUUCCAGAAAUUGUUCCACAGCAUGUGAAGGUGAUGAUUCCCAUGAAGUUUCAGGAGUGGAAAAUGAGACAUCUUGUUGUACUGUAGGGAGGAAAGUUCAGUGGACUGAUAAAUGUGGGAAGGAGCUUGUAGAGAUAAGAGAAUUUGAGCUCAGUGAUGACAAUCCAUCGGAUGGGGAAUUUGAGCAUGAAAAAUUCAGAAGAUGUGAAUGUGUAAUUCAGUAA